UCUAGUUUAGUCUAUCCUCUUUGAUUGUACACCUCCAAAAAGACACUCCACAAAAAAUAAGCACUCUAUUUUAGAGUGAAAUUAAAGGAUUUAAUAAAUCGUUUGGGGCCAAUUCGAAUUACUGAUUAUUAUUUCAUCGGCUUAGGACGUAGUGGGAGAAGUUUGAAGAUUGAGGGGACACGGAUUUUUGAGAUGAUAUUUUUCAAUAUGAUAUUUGGGUUUUAAUUCGAUUUUUGUGGAAACUUGUUGAAGUUUUUGGAGGUUGGCUGGAUAUGGAUGAUGAAUUGGAGGAUAAAGUGCUUUAUCAGACUUAUGUAUCAUACAUGAAGCUCUUGUCGAAGUUUGCUGUGGGUUUGCCCACGAGUUUAACCGCUGGUUCCAACACACCUAUCGGUUAUUUUUGGAGGAUGAUGCGUCUGUAUGCACUCAAGCCAGAAGUGUUAUUCUGUGGUACAGUUAUGUUCGUCAUACUGUUCUACCUGCAGGCUGUUGAUGUUUGGAGCAGAACUUUGCUCGGUAAAAUUCAGUACACCCUUCGAAAAACGAGUUCGAAGGUAUCAAAGCUGCAGUUCCUCGUUGCCAAUGCCAGUACCAGUGGGGAAAAUCUCAAAUGGGAACUCGAGGAGGGUUAUGUCGCAGCAUACGCAGUACAAGGACAUCGACCUUAUAUGGAGGAUAGAUUCGUAGUCAACGAGGACAUCAACAAAACUGGUGUUUCAGUUUUCGCGGUUUUCGAUGGACAUGGAGGAGAGUUCGCUGCGGAUUACGCCCGUGACAAGCUGAUGCCAAACAUAAACAGGAAGGUGAUUGAGCUCAAGAGCAUGAUCGCUGGUAAACCGUUACCCCGGGAUAACGAGAACGAAGAGAAUUCCCCGAGUGAAUCAAAAGUGCUUGAUAAUUCCCUGGAGAAGCGCAAGUCCUUUAGGAAGACAGUGUCAACGACUGACGACACGACGAAGAGUAAAUCAGGAAUAACAGACCCAGAGCUGCUGAACAAAUUGAACAGUCUAGUCCGUCCAAUAACGAGGGAAGUGCGACACGAUCGACCCCCCGAGGCUCCCCCAAAGGCAGUGGACAUGUCGAUGUACAUAGAGGGACAGAGAAUAAAUUACGCAAAGCUGUUGACAGACGAGGUAUUGGCAGUUGACAGUCUCCUGGUACAGGCAGCCAAGAAGAACAUGGAUGUGGCAGGGACAACAGCUCUCAUUGCAGUCCUGGAAGACAAUAAACUGACAGUAGCAAAUGUGGGGGACUCUAGGGGAGUUAUGUGCGACAGCAAAGGGAAUGCAAUUCCUCUGUCAUUCGAUCACAAGCCCCAACAGCAGAGGGAGAGGCAGAGAAUCAACAAAGCGGGGGGUUUGGUUACCUUCAAUGGGGUCUGGAGGGUCGCUGGCAUCCUCGCCACUUCCAGGGCUCUCGGAGAUUAUCCACUCAAGGACAGAAAGCUUGUUAUUGCCGAUCCUGAUAUUUUGACGUUCGAUUUGACUGAUCAUGAUCCAUCCUUUCUCAUUCUCGCCUCUGAUGGCCUCUGGGACACCUUCUCCAAUGAGGAGGCUGUUGCCUACAUCAGGGACAGGCUCAAUGAACCUUAUUUUGGCGCUAAGAGUCUCACUCUGCAGAGCUAUUACAGGGGAUCACUCGAUAAUAUUACAGUUGUCGUUAUCAAUCUCAGGAAUCGAAAGUACAAAGUGUCAGAUUCUAGAGGGAAUUAGGGAGUAGCUAGGAAAUUAUUAUUGUUGUUUUUAGAUUUUUCUUCGUGGCUUGAUCUUCUAGUCAUGGGUUUCGAUAUUUGGACUCUGCCUGGAACGUUUACAGAUGAGAGGAAUUUGAAGAUUUAUGGAGGAGUCGAUUUUAAUAAACGUAUUCAUGAAAAUA